UGUGUACUCUGUACUUCAAACAACUCCACUUUUACCAAUGCUUCGGCUCGACUCCUUUUGCCUCGCAUCAAUGUUCCACCUCCCCCCUGCUCUUCUAGCAGUCUCACUCCGAAAUGUCACCAGAGCACAACCUUCCCAAGCUUUCGCACCACACAACCAUAAUUCUGCUCUCCAUCCUUCCCGCCGUCGGUCUCUUCGGUCUACUUAUGGGAAUAUGGCACUGCGUCCGGAAACGCAACAGCGCCAAGCGCUAUGAACAGGAACGGCAGGAUGAGGCUAGCACGUUGCACCAGCAUGCAUUCUUGGCGAAUGACAACUAUCUUCCGGAGCGGAGUCAGAGUACGGGUCAUCAAGUGCGUAAGAUGCGAGUGCCCAAUCUGCCAAACUUGAAGAUUGAUACGAGUAUGCCGGCUGGAGCACAAGUGCGGUCCGCCCCAGCAGUUGGGCGUGUCGAGAAUCAUCGACGACAAGUUGACGGCGUUCCAUAAAGUGCACACCCGCUGGGGUUUGCGCCGGUACGACAGUGUGUUGGAUGGGAAGAGCGCCAGACUCGUGAUGCUGGGAUAAAGCGCACAGUUGAUAGUGGCU